AUGGCAUCAAAGUUCGAAGAAGAUCUUACCUGUCCUGUGUGCUGUGACAUCUACAAGGAUCCUGUCUUACUGACGUGUGCUCACAGUGUGUGUAAGGCCUGUCUGCAGCAGUUCUGGGAGACAAAGGGAUCUAGAGAAUGUCCCUACUGCAGGAGAAAAUGUUCAAAAGGCUGGUAUCCACCCAACAUGGCAUUAAGGAACUUGUGUGAGACCUUCCUACAGGAGAGGAGUCAGGGAGCUUCAGCAGGGUCUGAGGUGCUCUGCAGUCUGCACAGUGAGAAGCUCAAGGCCUUCUGUCUGGACGAUAAAGAAACUGUGUGCUGGGUUUGUCGAGACUCAAAGAAACAUAAAAGUCACAACAUUAGACCUAUAGAUGAAGUAGCACCUGAACACAGGGAUGAGCUCAAUAUCAAACUGCAUCCCUUAGAGAAGAAACUGAAGAAAUUAGAAGAAGUGAAACUCCUCUGUGAUCAAACAGCAGCUCACAUUAAGACUCAAGUGCAUACCACUGAGAGGCAGAUCAAGGAGGAGUUUGAGAAGCUUCACCAAUUUCUUCAAAAUGAAGAAGCAUCCAGGAUAGCUGCACUGAGGGAGGAAGAGGAGCAGAAGAGUCAGAUGAUGAAGGAGAAGAUUGAAAAGCUGAGCAGAGAGAUCUCAUCUCUUUCAGAAUCAGUCAGAGCCAUAGAAGAGGAGAUGGAAGCUGAUGAUGUCACUUUCCUGCAGAACUACAAGAGCACAGUGAAAAGAGCCCAGUGCACACUGCAGAAUCCAGAGAAGCUUUCAGGAGCUCUGAUCAAUGUGGCAAAGCACCUGGGCAACUUGAAGUUCAGAGUCUGGGAGAAAAUGCAGGAGAUUGUUCAGUUCACUCCUGUUACUCUGGACCCCAACACUGCACACCCACAACUCAUCCUGUCUGAGGAUCUGACCAGUGUGAGGUUUGGUGAUGAGGAACAGCAGCUGCCUGAUAAUCCAGAGAGAUUUGAUUGGGGUGCCUGUCUCCUGGGCUCUGAGGGCUUUAACUCAGGGACACACUGCUGGGAUGUGGAGGUUGGGGACAACACAAGGUGGAAUGUGGGUGUGAUGGCAGAGUCUCUCCAGAGGAAGGGAGACUUCACAUCCUUGAGUGGGCGGUGGUAUGUGGGUUGUCAUGAUGGUAAAUAUGGAACGAGUGCCCCACCACAGCCCCCCACUUACCUCACAGUGAAGCAGAAACCCCAGAGGAUCAGAGUGCAGCUGGACUGGGACAGAGGAAAGCUGUCAUUCUCUGACCCCGAUAAUAACACACAUUUACACACCUUCACCCACACUUUCACUGAGAGAAUGUUUCCAUAUUUUGCUACUCUUAAAACUUUGAGAUUGCUUAAAUUGGCUAUUACUUUGAUAUUUCAACAACUCCUAAGGAAAAUGUUGUAAGCACAUUCCUUUAAAAUGUCCAAAACUCCUUCUUACGGUGGUGACUUAAGAACUGACAGUGGUGACAGUAAUCUGAGAGUGGUGAAAGUGGCCUAAUUAGUACCUGCAUUUAGCAAAAUAAAUAGCCCUCUCAAGUCAAUGGCAUCUUGCAUAAACACUUUAUUUUUGUGUGUGCACAGUAUGAGCAUGUGUUUUUACUUCAUUAGUUAGAUUACCUAGGAAGUAAGCCACUGGUUGUUGAAAAUGUGGUAAAAACAGCUUUUAAGUUGUUCAAAUCCAAAAUAUAGAGGUGUAUUAUCAUAGAUGUAGGUCUUGGCUGUGCAGUGAAUGCAUUGGCCAAGCUCCCCAUGUUUAACAUUUUUCAUAAAAUGGGCUCUUUCUUGUUUUGUCAACAGCGGCAGACAGAAUUAGAAGUAAAAACACAUGUUUACUGUAUUAAAGUGAAUUACUUUAACAAUUCAACAUAACUGUAGAUACUUAUUGUAUGCAUAUUCUUAAAACAUGUCAAAAACACUUAAAACAUGUGUUUUUUGGUGAACUCCAUCAGAUGUCACCACCGUCAGGUUUUCUGACAAAAAAACCUCCAAAUGCACCUCAGUGGUGGCUAGAGUAUCAUUUUGGAUCACAAUUAUUACUAACAUGCCUAGUAAUGUUUCAUUAACCAGCACAAUUUAGUAUAAUAUGGAACAACAUGAUGAGCAGAACAAAAUCUGACGGUGGUGACAUCUGACGGUGUGAGACAAAAAAGCACUCUUUUAAAUAUUAUGCAUUGUUUGUUCACAUUAGCCAUUUCAUUUUCGCUCUGUUUCUUGGGUGCUUCAUACCUUUUCUGAAAAAAAUUAUAUUUAUUAACAUUAAUGUAAUACAAUACUAUUAAAACCCCCGACGGUGUUGACAGUUUAUGGUUGGGACAGUACCAGUGUCCAAACAAAUUAACAAAUUGAGGACAAAAUAAUAAACU